AUGGCACUAAUAGAAUUAGGCUACAUUGAAAUUUUCCUAGCUUUGUUCUGUUUUCUUUUGUUUUAUUGCUUUAGACAUUCAAAUUAUCCAAUAAAUUUUCCAAUUUUUGGUAUGUUACCAGGAUUACUUUACAAUAUACAACAAAUACAUGAAAGGUGCACUAUGUCAAUGAAGGCCUCAGGGGGCACAUUUUUAUUCAAAGGUCUAUGGUUUGCAAAUAUGGACACAUUAACAACAGUUGAUCCAGCUAAUGUUCAUUAUAUCAUGAGUGCAAAUUUCAUGAAUUUUCCUAAAGGUCCUAAAUUCAAAGAGAUGUUUGAUGUUUUAGGUAAUGGUAUAUUCAACGCGGAUUUGGAUAUGUGGAAGGUCCAGAGGAAGAUGACGCGUGCUCUCAUCACUCAUCAUGAGUUCUACAAGUUUUUAGUCAAGACUAGUCGCGAUAAGGUGGAGAAAGGACUAAUUCCGGUUAUUGAUCAUGUUUGUAACAAGGGUUGUGUUGUGGAUUUGCAAGAUUUGUUUCAAAGGUUCACUUUUGACACAACUUGUAUAUUGGUUACCGGAUAUGAUCCUGGAUGUGUAUCGAUAGAUUUCCCUGAUGUUCCCUUCUCGAAAGCAAUGGAUGAUGCUGAAGAAGCUAUUCUUUUUCGUCAUGCAUUGCCUGAGAUAGUUUGGAAGUUGCAAAGGUGGCUUAGAAUUGGAGAAGAAAAGAAGAUGAUUAAUGCUCAGGAGGUAUUGGACUAUACUAUAGAUAAAUACAUUUCCAUGAAGCGCGAAGAUUUGAAGGAAGUAGAUCAUGAUUUGAAAGAAAGUGAAGAGGGAUUUGAUCUCUUGACAUUUUACUUAAAGGAUGAAAAAGAAUUGGGAGUCAAGUGUGAUGACAAGUUCUUGAGGGACAAUAUAUUGAAUCUUAUGAUAGCAGGGCGUGACACGACUAGCUCUGCUCUCACAUGGUUCAUUUGGCUCGUGUCAACAAAUCCACAAGUGGAAAAAAAGAUUAGGGACGAAAUCAACUUUGUUAUCCCUAAUGAAGAAGUCGAAAAAUUUAGGCUUUUUAAUGUUCAAGAAUUGAACAAACUUGUUUACUUACAUGGUGCAUUGUGUGAUUCACUAAGGCUAUAUCCACCGGUGCCAUUCCAACACAAGGAGCCUCUUGAGGAAGACAUACUUCCAAGUGGACACAAAGUUCAUCCAAAGUUAAAGAUUAUGUUCUCAUUGUACGCGAUGGGGAGAAUGGAGUCGAUUUGGGGGGAAGAUUGUUUGGAAUUUAAGCCAGAUAGAUGGAUUUCUGAACAAGGGAUGAUUAAACAUGAGCCAUCGUACAAGUUUUUGGCUUUUAAUGCUGGACCAAGAACUUGUCUUGGUAAAGAAGUGGCUUUCACACAAAUGAAGGCUGUGGCUGCUGCUAUUAUUCACAAUUAUCAAGUUGAACUUGUUAAAGGACACAUUGUUGAACCAAAUGCUUCUAUUAUUCUCUACAUGAGACAUGGUUUUAAAGUAAAGAUUAAUAAGAGGUGGACUUAAUUAUUAAGGAUAAUAAAGUAUGUAUCAAGUUUAAGUAUGUUUUAU